AUGGAAUCCAUCGAACUCGGCGUGGAAGAUUUGGAGAGGCGGUAUGGUAUCAUCUUGCCCGAAGGGCCGCCUCAGGAGCAAGACCAAGAGCAACCUGGGGAGGAAGCAGAGGGCGGGAAGAGAAAGAGGUCGAAAGAGGAGAAGGAAAGGAGAAAGUCGCUGAAGGCUGAGAAGCGGGCCAGGAAGGAGAGUGGGCAGCAGGAAGAGGCUGGCGAGGGGAAGAAGAGCGAGAAGGAGAAGAAGGCGAAAAAGGCGAAACAUAAGGAAACUCAGACCGAACCGGUGGAAGAGUCAAACGAUAUUCCAGUCGACCUUUCUCUCGAAGACCCUGCCCCCGCCCUUACGCUCGCCCAAGCUAUCGACAACUCUGCUCGUCAUGCAGAAGAGGAGAAGAGGAAGAGAAAGCAGGAGAAGAAGGAGAAGAAGCGGCAAGCGAAGGGAAAGGAGAGAGCUGUCUCGCCGGCGGUGUCAGACCAAGAGCCAGAGCCUGAAGUUCAACAUGCUUCCACUAGCCUUCGCACCCCCGCCUCUCGCUCCACCGCACCAACGCAAUACGGCACGGGCAAGAACAAGAAACGUCCCCUCUCCAUCGCGCCUUCCUCCCCUGCCCCCGCUGCAGACCGCUCGACCUCUGCCUCCCCGGCUAUACCAGCCGCCACGCAGAUGGUGUCUAUCGACGCUUCCAUGGUCGAAGCUGCCCUUGCCUCUGCUUCCAGUGCUGAUGCAGCUGUGGAACCGCCAGCUAAGCGCGCAAAGACUACCAAGGGCAAAGCGAAGGACAAGGAGAAGAAGAAGGAUGUCGAGCCGAAGGAGAGUGAUGCGCAGUUGAGAGAGAGGUUGAAGGGGGAAGGAGCGCUGGAUCAGUGGUUGGCGACUGCCAAUAUCGGAAAGACCGAGUUGGGAAGGUUGGAGAAGGCGGGUGUCAUCUCAUACACCAAAGGCAAGUUUACCGAGACUGAAAAGAUUGCGAUCCGUAAAGCUCUCGAAAAAUAUGAGAAGGUUCACCGGAUGUCGCAAGAAGAAAUCGUCGAAAUGGUCAUGCUCAAGGUCCAAGAUGCCCCGGACAAAGAAGCCGUCCGUGAAUUCUGGCGAGAUAUCGCAUCUGUCCUUCCCGGUCGCCCCAUUCUCAACAUCCAACCCUUCGUCCGCCGCCUCAUCAACCCUUACGCCCACAAAGGCCGCUGGACCCCCGCAGAAGACGCCCUCCUCUCCCGCGCUUACGCCCAGCACCCACGCGAAUGGAAGAAGAUCUCUGCCCUCGUCGAGCGUACAGAGCAAGACUGCAGAGACCGAUACCUCAAGGAACUCGAAGGUGGCGAGGGGAGAGUCAGUGGGCGUUGGACAGAAGAAGAGGUGGAGAGACUGGAGAAAGCGGUGAGAAAGGUUGUACAGGGCUUGAAGAGCAUGAAGGCCGAGCUUGCUGGAGCGCCGAUCCAAGAGGAGGAGGAAGAAGAGUUGGUGGAUUUGAUGGAGGAUGUGGACAUUCCGUGGGAUCUUGUGGCAAAGGAGAUGGGGACGCGCAGUAUAACGCAGUGCCGUAUCAAAUGGCGAGACUCGUGCUCGCACUUGGCUUCGAGCAAGGGCGGGCUGGAGAAGGGUGAUGCGGAUGUAAGAACGUUGGCGGUGAUCAAGAGGUUGCGCGAACUCGACUAUCCCUCUGAAAAGCACAUCGAAUGGUCCCAAGUCCAUGACGCCCCAUCCCUCCUACACCUUACCCAGAAAGACGUCCGAAACGCAUUCUCCAACCUCAAGCACAGGCUCGUCAAGGCCAACAAGGAAGGAGGUAAUUUUGCAGAGACCCUGGCGAUAAUGCAGACAAUAGUAGAGAAGAAGGUGCAGAGGAAACAAAGGUCGGGGGCGUUGAAAGAGUUCAGGAGUGACUCGGUCAUUGGCGAGUCGGGCGAUGAGGCGGUUUGA